AUGGGUAACGCGCUGGCAGGAGUUUGUGGGCACAUCCAAUGUCUUGAUGCUAAUUCACCACGGCACGAGCGAAGGCGUUCGCCUCGCGCCGCUUCUUUUUCCUCUCACCCAUCGCGUUUGCAUAAAACGCCGUUGUCGCCGCUUAAACCGGGUAGAAAAAUAGCCUGUGGGAUUUGUGGAAUUUCCUUUAACCCGGUGGGCUUGGAAAAACACUGUUCGAUGUGCCGAGCCUCCCGUGGAGUAGAGAAGGAGCAGGCACGUUCAUGUUUAGGCUGCACGGGGGAAGGACUCCCUAACGAUGAACCUGAAGAGUUGUGUCUGGUGUGCUUUGCGGAGAAGCGGAUGUAUGCUUUCCUUCCGUGUGGACACGUGGCCUGCUGCAGCUCAUGCGGGAAGUUGGUGGAUAGAUGCCCGGUGUGCCGGGAGGAACGGUUCGGGUACUGCGUUGUCAACACCACUGCCCUUCUGCAGUUCAAGUGCCCACAUUGCAAGGCCAUUUUGGCGCCUGAGCUGUACGACGGGCAUCGCGAGGUGUGCGCCAUCCAAUCCAGGGCGGCGCAGGUGAGUCACAGUGGACCCGCGACCGACGCAGAAACUCGCAGUAAAAACGCGGCUACGUCGGGGAGGAGGGCGGGGGGCGGCGGUAAUCAUCCACCGGCGGCGGUCCCCGCCAAACGCAGUGCGAGUAGUCACGGGAUCACACUGAACUUCUGCAUCGAGUGCCGGAGGGAGAACGCGCCGCUGGUCAUCAUUGGGCCGUGCGGCCACCGGGUUCUUUGCGGUGAUUGUUUUGCGGGUCGAAUCACAUGUCCGGUUUGCCUGCGGGAGAUCGAGCAAGGUUGGAAAUCCUACAUUUAG